UCCAUUCACAUCGUCGUAAGCUCCAAGUGUUAAUCCUUUGCCGUUUUUCCAUUUCCUCCUACCCACUAAAGCUGACAAUAACCGUGACGCAUAAGAAGAGGAGCUUUAAUUUCAUUCGAUGGUACUUCCGGUUGGUAGUUGUUGGAAUUUCACGAGUGGACUUUUUGUGACACCUAUAAAAUAUUUAUGUUAGUGUCCUAACAGAAGCUUUUUUUUAAGCCCAACUGUACUGAAAAAAUCUAAUGUGUGAAGUGAAGCAUUCACCAUAAAAUUAAGUGAUGCUUAAUUUUGUUGUCAUUGAUACUCAAAAGGAUGAUUAAUUGUACAAUUUUCUCUGAGAAAUAUUAUUGAAGUGCAAAAGAGAGCUUUUCAUAUUUACAAGCUCUUGAGUGCUCCAAGCUUUGCAAGAUUUGUGGAAUAUUUGUGCGUCAAUGUGGCUCAUACAAAUUGCAGAGGAUUAGUAAAAAUGUUAAGUACAAAGUGGAUAGCAGGAACAUUAGUUGGAAUUAGUAAUGGAAGACCUCUUGGAGAUCGAAACGCAUCAAUUGGACUUUUAUAAUAUAAGCUCAGUGGAACUUACAGGAUUAAAGCACAAUACAUCAGUAAAUAGCACAGGAUAUUUUUCAACAAUCACCCCAAACCCCGACAAUGUACCACAGGGUCUUACAAAUUCUUCGGUUGUGGUCAUUAUAGUGUACUGUAUAAUGUUUGCAAUAGCAGCUGCUGGAAAUCUUUCGGUGGUGAUAACACUUUUUCGCUCCAAACGACACAGGCGAUCAAGAAUUAGUCUCAUGAUUUGCCAUUUAGCUGUUGCUGACCUCAUGGUGGCCUUUUUCAUGAUUCCUGUUGAGAUUGGAUGGAGAAUUGCAAUUGAGUGGAACGCUGGAAAUGUGGCAUGUAAAGUUUUCACCUUCAUCCGAGCUUUCUGCCUCUACCUCAGUUCAAAUGUUCUUGUCUGCGUAUCACUGGAUCGGUGCUUCGCCGUCGUCUAUCCCUUACGCCUUUCAGAUGCGAGAAAGCGUGGAAAGGUCAUGCUUGCAGGCGCCUGGAUGUUAGCCAUUCUCAGUUCGGUACCACAGAGUAUCAUCUUCCAUGUAGCAACUCCUCCAGGCUUUCCGGAGUUUCACCAAUGUGUCUCCUUUGGGUACUUCAACACCGCCAAUAUGGAAGCUAUUUAUAACUUCUUCUGCGUUUUAGCAUUGUAUUUUGUGCCAUUACUCAUCAUAUGUGUAGCCUACACCAUGAUAGUCUGCGAAAUCACAAAUCGAUCGCACAGAUCGCGAGAAAGAGAUGAUGGUAGCGAUACAACUGCCUCAGGUGCUCUCAGGCUGCGAUGCAAUGCUCUAACACAAAUCGAAAGAGCUCGUCAACGAACUUUCAAGCUCACAGUUACAAUCGUACUUGUUUUCAUUUGGUGCUGGACACCCUACGUUGUGAUGACUCUGUGGUACGUGUUUGAUAGAGAGAGUGCGGAAAAAGUAGAUACUACAAUACAGGAUGGCCUAUUUCUCAUGGCGGUAUCAAAUUCAUGUAUGAAUCCAUUAAUUUAUGGUUCAUUCGCUAUGAAAUGUCGUUUUCCGUGGAAUCGCAAGCCACCGGUUGCAAAUGUUCUUGGCGAAGCACCAGGUCUUCAUAGGAAGUCAACAGGUACUUACAUGCAAAUGAUGCUAACUGUGGCAAAGACACAGCUCAAUAAUAAGUAAAUUUUGCAUUAGUUUAAAAAAAAGAACAUAGUGAAAGACAACAAUUUUUAGAUAGGCUAAAGACAGAAGAGUUUAAAAUGUUAAACGGUCUUCAUAAAAGUUUAUCCAUAAGUCGUGUUUGUUAAGAAGCGAAUUUUUUUUGAAAAACUUUUACUUGAAUUGUACAUUAAGGGCAAUUCCACGUCUCAAAUUUAAAAAAAAAUGUAUUUAGUUCUGUUUGUUGCUUAUUAAUUCAAAACCUUCGGGAAAUGAGUUAAACUUUCAGUCUGAAGACCGCUUUAUAAGGCAUUUUGCAUGGUUUCAUUUCAAUAAAUAUUAAUUUUGUGAAAAAUAAAGUAUAAAGAAAUCUUUACGUUGUUAUUUAUAAUUGUUAUGAUAAGCGAUGAUUAUGUACUUCAAUUGAAAAGUCAUAUACAAAUUUAUAAUGUUGAAAAAUAUAAUUAAAAUAAAAAGUAAUUUUUAUCAAAAAUUAUCUUAAGUUCAUUUUCCAAGAGAUAUUAAGAGAAAGAUUUUACAGCUGUUAAUGAAAUUUCUAUAAUAAAUAUAUAUUUGUUAUUUCAAUUCUCCUCAAAAUUCUAACUCACUUAUUUUAGUUUGGUAAGGAUUCAAUAACAUAAAUUUUAAAUAAAUCUGUGAUCUAAAUGAAAUAUGGUGGUCUACACGGAGCUUUUCAGUGUGAAAUGAUUCAUUCUCAAUUUAAUGUACGAAUAUGAAAAAGCUCCGUAUGGAAUACAUGUUGUAACCAAUAAAUAUUGAGAUAUAUGAAAUAUUAUGUUACAUAUUUUAAUUAUAGUCUAAUUUAUCGUAAUUAUGUACAGAAUAUUAUAAAAUUAUGUUUUAAUAAAU